CAGUUGGGUGCAGCUCCACUAGAGAAGGAAGCGGAGUUUCCGGCUGUUUGCAGCGGAGGGAGAGGAUUGCUGACGCCGCAAAACCCCGAGAAAAAACGCCGCCGGCUCGGGUGGCUAACAGUUUCUAGCAUCGGUAGUGGUCGUUUCAUUCAUACAAGGGGUUUUGGGGGCUGGUGAGUUUUUUUUUACGGGCCGAGGGAGUCGGACAGCAAACCGAGCAAAGAAGCGGCACACGGCGGGGGAGAGCCACCAGCUACCGGCAUGGCCAGGGACUACGAUUACCUCUUCAAGCUGCUCAUCAUCGGUGACAGCGGAGUGGGAAAGAGCAGUCUCCUCCUGCGAUUUGCAGACAACACAUUUUCAGGUAGCUAUAUCACCACGAUUGGUGUGGACUUUAAGAUCCGGACAGUGGAGAUCAAUGGGGAGAAGGUGAAGCUACAGAUCUGGGAUACAGCAGGGCAGGAGCGGUUUCGCACCAUCACCUCCACAUACUACAGGGGAACGCAUGGGGUCAUAGUGGUAUAUGAUGUCACGAGUGCGGAGUCCUUUGUCAACGUUAAACGAUGGUUACAUGAAAUCAACCAGAACUGUGACGACGUGUGCCGAAUAUUAGUGGGAAAUAAGAACGACGACCCCAACUCCAAGGUGGUUGAGACGACUGAUGCACAGAAAUUUGCAGAGCAGAUGGGAAUCAGCCUGUUUGAGACGAGUGCAAAAGAGAACAUCAACGUUGAAGAGAUGUUCAACUGCAUCACAGAGCUAGUGCUAAGAGCCAAGAAGGAGGUGCUAGCCAAGCAGCAGCAGCAGCAACAAAACGACGUGGUCAAACUCACCCGGAACAGUAAACGAAAGAAAAAGUGCUGCUAGCAAACUCGAAGCCAUCCACAAAAGGCUGACUGCCUCUUUUCUUCACAAAUGCAUACACACACACGAUGGGACUCAGAGCAUCUAAAUUAAAGAGCAGAUAAAGAUUUAAUAAAUAUACGGUGAAAGAUUUAAAGAAAAAAAUAAUGGAUAAAAUGUCCCUUUUGGACAAACUAAUCAUGAAGACUUUAAAAAAAAAUGUACAGAUUUUAUUAGAUGUCAGAUCAAGUUUUAUUUGGAAUUCAGCAGAUGGGCACUAUUGACCUGGGGUCCUCCUUUGUUAAAGGAUCUGUAAGCCGACAACUGACCGCCAUGAUGCUCAGAUUUAUAACCACAUAAUCCCCAUAUUCAUCCACCAGUGUCUCAUCUCUCCUUCUCAUUCCACUGCACAUGGGACAUUCAGAGUCGAGUCUGACUCUGCGCCUGAGGAGGAGGGCUCACUUUCUGGAUUUGUUUCUUUCUAGUUGUAUUUUUUUGGGGGGUGGAGUAGGGGGAGGGGGUGUUUGUGUGGUUGGGAAUUGGUUAAAGGAACGGGCAUCUGAGUGAGAGUGGAGGUCUCACCACCUCUCUGCAGUUUCAACAUUUCAGACACCUGUGUUGCCACGGCUCACCCCAACCGAUCAUGAACUGCUAGAUUUUGUUUUAUUUGACUUGAUGGGAAAGGAAUCACACGGAUGAUGAUGAUUGGUAGACAACCUUUAGCAACUAAUCCGAUGGACUGAACUGGUGACUUCUCAUGUAAUGUUUUUCUUUGUCUAUAUUUUUGCCAAGCUUUGCACCCUCUCUCUCCUAACUCCCAGUAGUGCUGAGCCAACAUUAAUUGAUUUUUUUUUUUUUUUUUGUUGUAAGUGCAGCGGAACAGUUGAAUCCCUCUUGGAGCUCUGGGACAUCAAGCUGUGACUGUGCCAUUCACUGCAGUCUUACUACGCUUUCAGAAUUUGCUUUUGAACUUUUUCCUCCUCCUUUUUUUUUUUUUUUUUUUGAAACAAUGAUACUGCCAGUAUUAUUGAAUAAAAAAAAAUAUCAGGAGCUCAGCGGCGCCUCUCAUUGGACUGUUGCCAUACUGGUCCCUAAUUGGCUAAGAGGCAGUGUGAAUCAGGGUCGGAUUGGAUCCUACUGAGUCCUCAGGAUGUGCUUCCUUUCUCUUUAUCUAGUCUUCUCUCCUCAACACCCACAUACCACCACCUCUCACAGCAACAGACUCACCUCCUGCAUCAAGGGCCGCAAGGAAGUUCCUACUCUGGAAAGUGGCUUCUUGUAAUCAUCGGUGGCCAUGUCCCCUGAUCAAUAGCAAACUGUGGUUUUUGCCUUUGUUUUUGUGCAUGUAACACUUUGUUUGAAGGGGUGUUUAAAAGGUGCAUUCAGUAUCCAAACUGUCGUGGAUUUGCUGCAAUUUUUUUAAAUUUGCAGAAUAUUCUCAACAGUUGACUGAUGUUUAAAGUCUUAUGUUGUGUUUUUUUUUCUUUUCUUUUGCUUUUCUCUGUGAUGACCCCCACUACCUGUUCAAACUGAAGUGUUACUGGACAGUGUUUCUGGCAUCCGUGAUGAGAGCGUGGCAGACAGUCGGACUAUUAAUGUAAGAACAAACUGGGAUGAACUGCAGCACUGGAUCCCAGCGUGUUUGGUCUUGGCCUCCUCUCCCUCUCCAUGAGCACCGCCAGAGUUUGUCAUAGAGGCUGAAGCAGCACACGGUGUCUUUUACUGACAUUUUUUUUAUCCUUUAUUUUGAAUUGGGAGAGUAGUAAAUGGAGAGGAUUACAUAAACUUCUGUUGGAAAUACUUAGUUUUCAUCCUCUGGGCACAUUCUGGCAGCCAGUUUGGGAUCCUGAUAUGCUUCAAGAGGUAACUGUGAGUUCAAGGGCCUAAAAAAUGGUAUCAAAUCUCACACUUUAUGAUUUCUCUUCAUUAUGUGUAUGUAUAUAUAAAUAUAUUUGUGUGUUUAUAUUCAAUAUAGAACAUACACACAAAAAUAGCACACCAAACUGUGCAUGUGUUCAACAUGCGCCGUGUGCUAGGGUUGAAACACACUCGUCAGCUGUGGUUUGCUGUACACUGGAGAAAAAGAUGUACUAUUCAUUUUUCCCUACAUGAAUUUAAUCAGUAAUAAACGUUUUAAAGGAAUAAAUAUUUGACACAUAAUGACUGAGCUUAUUUGUCAGUGAUUUAAGACUUGGUCCUAAUUUCAUUUUUAAACCUGUGUCUUUUUAUUUUUGGCUUUCUGUGAAUAAAAUUGUAUGGGAGGAAGUGUG